GAUGACCAGAAUAUUAGAUGAAACGGACAUUCGGUUCUGUGGAAAAUGUGAUGGACUAAUCUAAAGAAUGAAGAAAUUGAUGAGUGGCUUGAUGAUUCAUUCUCAACUACAGGACCCAAUAAGAUUCACCCAUUAAUACUCAAGGUAUCAACUACCAUUUUCUUUCUCUUCACCCUUUCUUUUCGGCGAUUCUCUCCGAUCCAAUCCAUAGAUUCACCAUUAAUAACAACGAGAUCGAGAUCCAUGUUGUUCGCAUCUUCACUCCUAUUUUUACCUUUAUUCUUAAUAUUUAUAUCUUCCAUUGUUUUUACCUCUUUUGCAUCCAUUCAUAUCUAUAAUCAUGAACCUUUUCAAGAUGUCGGUAAUGCUUUUCUCCUCUCCGGUGGCAGCGAAGGCAUCGCCGCCUCACUCACUGCCGUUACACAUCCUGAUUCCAUCCAUGAUGGACGUUCUUACAUUCGAUUUGAGAAUAUAACCUUUAGGAGAAGAAAAUAUGAAGCCAAGGCGCGUGGAACGGUGCCAGUACACAUUAUUAUUUUUGAGGCUGCUGAUCGUGAUGAUAUAGGUGGUUCUGUUUAUGGCGGACAAAGAGCAAUCUGUUGCACCCGUGAUUUAGCAAAGAUGGGAGGUUGUAAGCAAGGAGAGGUUAUCCGGAGAGCUUUCCGCCUGAUGUAACCACACCUGGUGUGAACAUACUUGCUGCCUAUUCACUAUUUUGAUGAGCUUUCCACCAUCCGAAUUGGAGUCCAGCAGCUAUGGAAUUAGCUAUCAUGACCACAGGUACACUCAUAUUAC